UUCACGCUGUAUAAUUAAAUUAUAAUAUAAACUGCGUUUUUGACAAAUUUUUGAGGUUUGAAGUUCAGAUGUCAAAACAGCAAUUUCGACAGAUCUGCUUUUAUAAGUUCAAACUUGGACGUAAUGCAGCGCAAGCUGCUCGAAACGUCAAUGAGGUAUAUGGCCAGGGAAGUGUUAACGAAUGGACAGUGCAACUUUGGUUCCAAAAAUUUCGACGUGGCAAUUUUGACCUUGAAGAUUAAGAAGGUCGCGGACGUCCUUCUGCUAUUGACGACGAUGAAUUGAAGGCUCUGGUGGAAGCAGAUACACGCACAACUGUUCGAGAACUUACAAAAGAACUCAAGGUAAGCAUAUCAACUGUUUCUGAGCAUCUGAAGAAGACUGUAAAGUCAAAGAAGCUCGACAAAUGGGUGCUGCACGAAUUGAAUGAGAAUCACAGAAAUCACCAUUUUGAAGUGUCAUCGUCUCUUAGUUUUUGCAACCAGAACAACCCGUUUCUCGACCGUAUUGUGACAUGCGAUGAGAAAUGGAUGCUCUACUAUAACCGGUGACGAUUGGCUCAAUGGUUGGACCACGAUGAAGCUCCGCAGCACUUCUCAAAGCCAAAUCUGCACCAAAAGAAGGUCAUGCUGACUGUCUGGUGGUCUGCUGCUGGUUUAAUCCACCACAGCUUCCUGAAUCCAGGUGAAACAAUCACGGCGAAGAAGUACAUCCAGCAAAUCAAUGAAAUGCACCAGAAACUUCAACGGCUGCACCCAGCACUGGUCAACAGAAAGGGUCCAAUCCUCCUCCACGAUAACGUGCAGCCACACGUUGCACUUUCGACGCUGCAACGGUUGAAUGAGCUGGGCUAUGAAACUCUAAUUCAUCCACCGUACUCACCAGACCUCUUGCCCACUGACUAUCACUUCUUCAAGCAUCUCAACAGCUUCCUGUGCGGGAGACACUUCAGGAACCAAGGGGAGGCUGAAACUGCCUUCGAUAACUUCAUUGCCUCCAGAAGUCCAGAAUUUUAUGCAACCGGGAUAAAUAAGCUUGUUUCUCAUUGGCAAAAAUGUGUUGAUUCUAAUGGUUUU